CUUCUUUUUACCUUUGCGGGAUUCAAAAAGGCAAAACGGCGCUAGCAAUUGCUUCUGGCAGCUCACUGACAUUCACGUCGUCACCUUGAACGACGGACGCAGGACUGCAAGAAAUAUGAGCUUGAAUAGUCAAACCACAUAUCAUAGAAUCACAAAAUGAGUCGGAUAAUAUCCGAUCUGCAAAGCCAAUACCGAUUCGGUGGUCGAGCCAAGGUGAUGGCGCCUGUGGCGUUCAUCCCAAAUAGCCACUGUAGAACAUUGAGAACACGAUCGAAAAUCAGCGGCUCCAACAAAAAGAAAACAGACGGGGAGCUGCGUUUUGCACUAGCGCAAGCAUGGCUUCAGCUUUGCUAUCACGACCUGUAGGGGUCGUUGAUUUUCUUCAAGGGCACAGAGCCGUAGUGGCACCAGCACAUGGGAUGACAGCCUCACAUUGUGGGGGGCGAAACUUCCUGAAAAUAGUCUCCGUAAUUGGAGAAAAAAAAAUGAUGCAUUUUGGGCUUUCGCUUCGAGUCGAGACCUCACCGCCGGGGAGUCAUGAUGUCGAGGCUCCCCAGUCACGGGGAUGCCGGUCCAUCAAAAUGGUGUGCUGAAAGAGUUCUGGACCUCAGUCGAUGCUUGAUAUAAAAAGAAGCAUCUCUGGCAAGCAAAGAGAUUCUUUUGUCUUGUCUCUCCCUGGCAGUGGCAGCAACCUCUGUAUUCUGCACUCCAGAGCUUCGUCGAGGAAUUUGUCAUAAGCCUCUUUUUAAUAUCACGUCUUUUGCCAUCGCAUAUUCCUCGAGAUGUCGUCGUCAGCCCGAGUAUCGUCACUGCUCGCUGCAGCACUUUUGGCAUUUGUUCCUCCAACCCUUGCCAAGGACUGGGAAGGAGCGCCAUACAAAUGGCUUUUCCAGUUCCCCUUGCCGAUCCCUCCGCUCAAGACGAAAAAAUAUGAUACUUUUACGCACCCCACCACCGGCGGUGCCAUAAAGUACUAUGAGCUGGAGGAGAAGGUCUUUUCUCAGAAUGUAUACCCGGAUCGUGGCAACGCAACUCUGAGAGGAUACGACGGCAUGUCCCCAGGCCCGACGUUUCUUGUCGAGAAGGACGAGGAAGCCAUCGUCCGCAUAACAAACCAUGCCACCCGGCCGACGUCGACACAUCUUCAUGGAUCAUACUCUCGACCCGCGUUUGACGGAUGGGCCGAGGAUCUGACUCCGGUCGGCAGCUUCAAGGAUUACUACUAUCCCAACAGCCAAAACGGCCGCAUGCUGUGGUACCACGACCACGCCAUCGACCACACUGCCGAAAAUGCAUACUACGGCCUUGCUGGCGCGUACAUAAUCCACGACAAGAACGAGGACAAGCUGGGGCUUCCCAGCGGAUAUGGCCAGUUCGACGUUCCCCUUGUGCUGGCAGCAAAGCAGUACAACCAGGACGGAUCGCUCUUCUCGCCCGAGGGCGAAACGACCAGUCUGUACGGCGACGUGAUCCAAGUCAACGGUCAGCCUUGGCCGUUCAUGAACGUACAAGCACGCAAAUACCGCUUCCGCUUCCUCAACGCGGCCAUCUCGCGCACGUUCUGGAUGUACUUUGAGCUUACCGACCAAGUCGGCAAGAAGAUCCCAUUCCAGGUCAUUGCAACCGACUCGGGUCUGCUGAGCGGGCCGCAAAAGACGGACAACAUGUACAUCUCAAUGGCUGAACGGUAUGAAAUCGUCUUUGACUUCAAGGACUUCAAGGGCAAGACGAUCAUGCUCCGCAACGAGCGCGACUUUGCUCCAGACACCGACUACCUGCACACCGACAAGAUCAUGACUUUCAAGGUGGCCAAGGACAGCGUCUCGGAUCCGUCCCAGGUCCCCUCGAGCCUCCGCACCAUUCCCUACCCGCCCGCCAAGACGACGGUGGACAAGCGCUUCAAGUUUGAGCGCAACAACGGCCAGUGGACCAUCAACGGUGUGACUUGGGAGGAUGCCAACAACCGUGUCCUGGCCAAGCCGCAGCGGGGAUCGACCGAGGUGUGGGAGCUGGAGAACAGCAGUGGCGGCUGGACGCACCCCAUCCACGUCCACUUGGUGGAUUUCCAGGUCAUCAAGAGGGUCAAUGGAAAGCGAACCCUGCAGUCGUACGAGACGGCCGGCCUCAAGGAUGUCGUCUGGCUGGGUCCGGGAGAGACGGUGACGGUGCGGGCUAUAUACGGUCCCAUGGAGGGCCUGUACAUGUUCCACUGCCACAACCUCAUCCAUGAGGACCACGCCAUGAUGGCAGCCUUUAACGUCACCCACCUCGACGACCUCGGUUACAACGACCCCAACUUCAUGGACCCGAUGGAGCAAAGGUGGCAGGCAAAACCCGAGGGCCCGGAGCUGUACACCUUGGAUGCAGUAAAGCAGAGGAUCGAUUACAUGGCCAAGGCUGCGCCGUAUGUCGACCUCAAGGGUAUCGAGGACAAACUGACGAGCUACUGGGCCGGUAAAACAUCCUCGACCACUGCUGGUUCAACCUCUGGUGGCAAGAAUGACAGCGGGAAAGGCGGUUCGGGCAAGGGCUCUGACGAUAGUGGAAAGAGUGGAUCGGGGAAGGGCUCCGAUGAUAAGAAGAACAAGACAAAGCGCGACAAAGGUUUCAUGGCGAGGCGUACGGCCAGGCCGACAGGCAACUGAUUACCUUGCAGGGCAGGGGCAAGAUGGAGUAAUAUAUAAUCGCAAGCUUUCCUUGGGAGUGUGAAGCAGGGAGGAGGAUAGAGUAUAUACAUACAUGAGGAACAUGGGUACGGUACAUAUUUCGUAAUGUUAACGUAUAAAUUCAAUUCAACCAAUCAUAACAUCCC